CCGCCUCAGCACUGCUCCUACCAGGAGGAUUUACACCUGGACUACCGGCUUUGGGACCAGGCUCGUUGGAUUCUGUAGCUUCACUGCCAUUCAAUCCAAAAAGCCGCCUCACGGACGCAGAAACAAGUUCAAGGAUGCUAUCUCUCUUCGAAAAACGAUUCCGAAGUGUCGACGAUGAAGCUUUGUUACACGCCGGCAGUAGUUGUACUUUUAGAAACGACAAGAGCCAGCAUGGUGGAUCAGAACUACGGGUGAAUUUGUCGUUGAAAUCGCAUGAAGACAUCCACUGCUCUGGAAAGCACAAACAGGACACACAAGCGCGUACAACUAGCGGAAGCGACGACUUGGACGUGAUUCGAGAUAUUCUACGUGAGUUUGAGCUGUCGGAGAAUGUGCGCAUCCUCUGUGCAGGUUAUGCACCUAGCAGUCGCACAUUAGGCACCGCGAGACCGG